AUGGAAUCAAACUUGACUCCAUCCUCUGGUCAAGAUUCAACUACCAAUUCUCAAUCAACUAGAAGUAAGAUCGAUCCUGCAUGGGAGCAUGUUUCUGAAAAAAGAUAUGCAAAUGGAAGGAAAACUCUUAUUUGUUUGUAUUGUAAAAAGAUUACAAAAGGUGGGGGUAUUCAUAGAAUGAAACAACAUCUUGCUGGAGUGAAAGGAGAUAUUGGUCCAUGUAAAUCGGUUCCUCCUGAUGUAAAAUUUCGAAUGGAAAAUUCUUUGCAAGAGUUUGUGAAUUCUAAGAAAGCAGCCCAAGAAGCAUAUGAAUGUAGAAAUCCUUAUGGUCCUAAUGUGUCACAAUUUGAAGGGGAUAGGGCAGAAGGUGAAGAAGAGGUUCAAGAAAUGCAAAGUCCUAUGGCAGCUAAUAGUGGAAAAAGGAAAAAAUCAACAGUGGAUAAGUAUUUUGCACCAAGAAAUACUCAAGGAGCUCAACCUUCCAUGAGGAGUGUACUAGCUGGGAAAGAAGCUAUUUGGAAAGCGGAUAUGGCGGUUGGGAGAUUCUUUUAUGAUGCAUGCAUUCCUACUAAUGCAGUGAAUUCCUUCUACUUCAAGCCAAUGUUGGAUGCUAUAUCUGCAAUUGGUCCUGGAUAUAAGGGUCCAAAUUACCAUCAACUACGGGUUAAUCUUUUAAAGGAGGCCAAGAAGGAAGUUCAGUUACUUGUGGACUCUUAUCGUGCAAUUUGGGCAAAAGUUGGGUGUACAAUAAUGGGUGAUGGUUGGACAGAUAAUAGACAAAGAACACUCAUCAACUUCCUUGUGUAUUGUCCUGAAGGAAUAUCAUUUGUGAAAUCUGUUGAUGCUUCAGACAUUGUCAAGGAUGCAACUAAUUUGUUUUAG